AUGGCAGCAACACUGAAGCGCCCGCUCUCCGCGGCAAUCCGAGCCUCUCCCUGCGCUCCGCUCCCGCGCGCACUGCCGCUCUGCGCUCAUGCCCGCUUCUCCGUGCUCAACCGCCCUGCCCCCAACUACCCCGGCCAUGUGCCGCUGACGACAAUCGAGCGCGGCGCCCUGGCCGUCGGCUCCGCCGUGUGGUCGCUCGUCGACCCCCGCCGCGGCGACCUCAUCGCCGCCCUGGGCGAAGCCACCGCCCAGCCCUACUUCAUCUACCGCCUGCGCGACGCCAUGCUGCGCGACCCGACGGGCCGGCGCAUCCUGCGGGACCGCCCGCGCCUCACCUCCAAGACGCUGAACGUCGAGUGGCUCCGCACGCUGCCCGAAAACACCGUUGGCCGCACCUACGUCGGCUGGCUGGACCGCGAGGGCGUCAGCCCCGACACCCGCGCCCAGGUGCGCUACAUUGACGACGAGGAGUGCGCCUACGUCAUGCAGCGCUACCGCGAGUGCCACGACUUCUACCACGCCCUCUGCGGCCUGCCCGUCUUCAGGGAGGGCGAGGUUGCCCUCAAGGCGUUUGAGUUUGCGAACACGCUUUUGCCAAUGACUGGCUUGAGCAUCACGGCGGCUCUCACUCUGAAACAGAAGGAACGGACGAGGUUUUGGAAUAUCUACGGGCCGUGGGCGGUCGAGAACGGGCUGAAGGCCAAGGAGGUCAUCAAUGUCUACUGGGAGGAGUGUCUCGAGAAGGACGUAGACGAGCUGAGGACUGAAUUGGGAAUUGAAAAGCCACCGGACCUGAGGGAGAUCAGACAGCAAGAAAAGGCAAGGAGAAAGGCGGAGAAGGCUGCCGGCGAAGCAGCUCGUCAGGCCGUCGUUUGA